AUGGAGUCCGCUCGCUUCUCCAGCAAGAAACCUCUCGGAGUCAACGAACUCUACGCCAAGUGGUCAAAAAACCUAACCCAUUACUGCCUCCCUCUCCUCGGCGAAUCGAUUCUCACCGACCCUUCCGCCGUCCUACCCGACACCGACGUAGAGAACGUUGUUUACUACCUGAUCAAACCACUACGAAACCCUAAGCACCUGUCCCGAUAUAACAACGACACCAUACAUAACAUCCUCUUCCCCACCGGGAACGAGACGCAGCUUUUCUUCAUCGGCGACAUCCAUCCUUGUCUCUUCACAAGCCUCAUCCGAUCUUUAAUCGACUCCACGUGGAGAGACGAGCAGGUGAGAAGAAUAGAUCAGAUCGAGCGUGAUCCGUUUCUAGCUCGUGUAUCGAAGAAUUGGGUGGCAAGGACGGAAGCUUCUUCUUCGGUGGCGGCGGUUGAUGAGGCGGCCAAGGAAGAGACGGAGGAGCUUGUGAGAAUCUUCUCUGCUGCAAACAGUUUGAGGAAGAGUGUGCUCAGAGAGGUUUUCAAAGCCACCACAGGGAUUCAAGCCGCUAAGUUUCUUGAAAGUCUAUGCGAGUUUCUUGCUGGUUUUCAAGAUCAGGUUCUCUCUCUCCUCCAAUGA